UAGGGAAAACAAAUCGUAUGAGUAUUUUAAGGAAUGAACGAUACGUGCUCUGGAGAGACCCUCACCUAUUGAGAGCAUCAGUUUCACAGAUUCGCAUAGUUCUGGUAGAACCUGAAGGAGCAGACAAUGUAGGAGCAGUGUCUCGAGUCAUGAGGAACUUUAACUUCUCAAAGCUCGUCUUGGUGAAUCCAAAGUGUGGCUAUAUGGAGGGUCGUGCACGAGCUAUGCACGGAAUUGAGGUUUUAACAAACUGUAAGGUAGUUAUGUCUCUUGCGGAAGCCCUCAAUGGAUGCACUCGUGUGAUUGCUUCUACAAGCAGACAAAGAGAUUCUUGUACCGAUUUGGUGUUGGAAGGCCCCGGAAAUGUAGUUCCUUGGUUAACACAGCUGGAGUGUGGAUCCACUGCGGCGGUUGUGUUUGGUAGAGAAUCGAGUGGUCUUACUAAUGACGAACUGAAAUUAGCGCAUCGCUUUCUGAAGAUCCCAGCAAGUGAGGACUAUCCUGUCUUAAACUUGGCCAUGGCCGUUGGCAUUGUUUGCUAUGAGCUCUAUCUAUGGAACAAUGAGACCGCCAGUAGAAAUUUGAACUUACAAACUACCAAAGCUACAAGCUUCGUCUAGAAAAUUUUCUUCUCAAUAUUUCGUUUAUUUCUGAACAAUCUAAAAAGAAACGAAUGUUGAAAUUUCGUUCCAUGCUGAAUCGAUUGAAUAUGUCAACAAAAGAAGCCAAUAUGUUGCAUGGAA